CUACUGGUUCAGCCUUUAAAUACAGUCAUUUGACACAUCCCAACAGGGGCUCGUAGCAGAGAGCAGCUGCUGACCCAAACUCAGGCUUUAAGGCGAGCUGGUGUGUCGGCAUCACACUGCUUUGGACAGCAUGAAGGCUCUCUUAUUCACCUGUAUGCUGGUGCCUUGGCUGGUGGCAGCCUCGGCCAGGAGGUCUGACCAGGACUCACAGCUGAUACCGGGAUCUCUACCUGCCAGGGAGCUGAACGGAUACUUCAGUGACCAUUUGAAAUCAAGGAGGGCUAGGAGGGCGCUGCCUCUUGGUGAUGAACCUGAUGACAGCCCAAUCUCAGAGGGAGGAGAUCCCAUUGAUCUGCCAACGUGCCUGCUGUGUGUGUGUCUGACUGGUUCAGUGUACUGUGAGGAGGUCAGUCCAGACAUGACCAGUGUUCCCACCUUGCCUAAGGAGACAGCCUACCUGUAUGCUCGCUUCAACAAGAUCAAAAAGAUCAGCACCAAAGACUUUGCUGACAUUGUGACUCUGAAGCGGAUCGACCUGACGGGGAACCUGAUCUCAGAGAUUGAAGAUGGGGCGUUCUCUAAGCUGGUCUUGCUAGAGGAAUUGUCUCUGGCUGAGAACAGACUGGUCAAACUUCCUAUGCUCCCUGCCAAACUCACAUCCUUCAACGCCAAUAACAACCUCCUCAAAACCAAGGGUGUCAAAGCUAAUGCUUUCAAGAAAAUGACCAAGCUGAUCAACCUGUUCCUUGCCGACAACCAGCUGGAAGCUGUUCCACAGAUUCCUGACAGCGUUCGGACCAUACAUCUACAGAACAACAACAUCACGGAGGUCAGCGUGAACACCUUCUGCAGGUCCAAUGACACCUACUACCUACGACCAAGCCUCAAUGAGGUCCGUUUGGACGGCAACCCUGUGGUGCUGUCUAAGUACCCUGACAGCUUCACCUGUAUGAAGGUACUGCCUGUCGGACGGUACCGCUGAGGAGGCAGAAACUUUACUGAAGCGCCCUUGUUGCUGAUGGAGCAGUUUUCCCACAACAGAGUGCUGGGGGGAUACCGUGACGUUCUGGAUUUUGGGGCACUGAUCCCACGGUGGGGGUAAAGGUGUCAAUGUUUUUACUUCAGCAAACCUACAAACAACUUGUGACAUUGUCAGGUCGAAAUGAAACCACUCACUGGACUGAAGGUGUAGAACUGAAGGAGUUUCUCACCUCUGGCCUUCUUCAGUUCUACUGACUGGUGGGGAGUACCAGGCAUUUAAACGUCUGCAGGAAGUUUCACAUAAAAGUUAUUGUCACAUGAAUUGAUGAAAAAACGCCUGAAAAGGGGGGGGCGCCUCAUGCUUCAAACAAACUGGUUUGUCUGAGCCCGUCUAAAAUCAAUGUUUCUACUAGUUAUAAAUAUACUCAAUGAAAGGCACGGUGAAAAGCAGUCGUCGCCUUGUGGCAGCAUCAUGCUGCCACCCUGAUCUCUUGCCAACAACCUUGUGUCUCUUGAAUCAUGUUGUAGUCAAGAUGUGUUGACUCGCACAAAUGGGGAUAAGGGCACACACUUUACGACAGUCUCUCUUCAAAGGCAUUAAUGGUGUUACACUCCUAUGUUCACAAGCAAAGUGAUGGAAGACCUUGAUAAAGAAAUUCAAACUUCUACUUUCACACGUGCACACAUUUGGCCAAUCUGCAUAAAGUGGACGUGUUUGUCCAAGUUAUUCAGCACAGCCUUUGAUUCAAUCAUCAGAAAGGUGGCUUCAGAUGACGUUGAUAAAUCCGACAAACCCUUAGUUUGAAGCAUACUGAGGCCUUGACAAUGGGACUGUAAGUGACAAAUAUCCUGACUUAGGCAACCUGUUGAGACACACCACAGGAGAGGUGCCCUCUGAAUGUCCUUUCCACAGGUAACGUAAUUCCAGUAGAACUGAUGUAACCCUUUGAAUGUGUGGAGAAGCAUCAACGCCUCUACAGCAACAGUCCAAUUUAUUGUUUCAUUUUGACCUGACGCUGUACUACCUAGAUGAAUGAAACUACACAAACUACAUUGAACCAACACACACACAGCCACAAGCCAACAGGCCUGCUUAUAACUUCCUGUAUCUAUUAGUUUAAAACACAACAAAUAAGCAUUUUGGUGCUAUAAGUAACUGUAAGUAGUAAAGAAGAAAUUUAAAUUCAAGAUAUGACGUUAACCUAGAUAUCUUUGACGCUUUUUCUGACCUAAAGAUCUAAUACUACUGUAAAAUCUCUUAUUUCAAGAUUUUACAUUAUAUUAAAUAAAUGUUUUAGAAUACUAAAACAAGUAAUAUGUCCAAUAGGUGCUUUUAACAGACCAACGUGUUUUUCUAACCUUGAAAAGCCAAGUCACAGUUUUCACCUUGCUCACUGUGGGCAGUCAUCAGGAAUUUCAUUUCAUUAUAUGUAUUAAUGCUGUUGCAUGCUUCAUUUAAAACUUUCCAGACUAAAACUGUAAAGAGAAUGGGUUUUUGAGAUUUAGGCUGGCUUUGAGGAAACACAUUGUGAAAUUAUUAAGAGUUUAGGAAAGUUUUGUCUGACAUACCAUCACCAUUGAAUGAAAACGUGAUGUAUUUUUGGUUAAACCACGUUCCAAUCAAAGUAUUUUUGCAGUUAAUAUUUUAUAGAGUCCUGACGACAGUAGGAGAGAAGAUGCUACAUUUCAGUCAUACAAAAGGAAUACUUGAUACACACAUGUUGAUCUGAAGUCUUUUUUUCUCCAAGUUAAUCUUGUCACAUAACUAACUGGAAAAAGGAAAGUACCCUGUGAGCAUUUGUCAUAACAUUAAUUGUAUGUUGCUUUGAGAUUUAUUGCAUGUCAGACUAUUGAUCCCAGCUGACUCAGACAGCUGAUAAACAUUAGAUUGUCUUGGAAUGCCAGCAGGAAUAGUCUGUAAAUACUUUUCUCGUUGAGUGUUGUCUCAGAAAAUGACAAAAAAUUAACACAACACUGGGGGUUUUUGCUCUGCCAUUGUGUGAAUUAAUUUCACUUUUAAUUAUUCCAUUAAAAAUGCCUCUCCAUACGGGCGAUGGCCAUGCAGACUUGUCCGACUGCAGGCUUUCUUAAACAUUUUGUGACUUAGCUUCACUUUGGUUUUUAAUUUAUAGACUCCAGUUGAAGUGAACUGGGGAACAAUGUAUCUAUGAACUAUAGUAAUGUGAAAGUUACUCCUUUUUAUUUUGUCUGCUUUUAAAAUGUCUUGCUUGUGUCCCUUACACUUCCCUUACACUUUAGAAAUUAUUACUGAUGUGAAUAAGACAGUUGUGUACAAGAAGAUGUGUAUGUGACAUGGCUAUGUCUUUAAGAUAUUUUAAUAAAGUUCAACUUUUUUAAUUAAA